AUGUCUGCGUCCACCCCUCGCACGUCGCUGCGACGUAAGAUUCCGAUGCCCCAAAAUCCGACCAUGGCGUCGAUACUAACGAAAUCUACAGAGGGCCUGCGCCAUGCCCCAAAAGUCAACCAACCCUUCAUCCCCGACACAACACCCGCUCGUCGCUCUCACAUUCACCCAGGCCUCGCUUCAACUUCACCACAGCCCCAAAGCACCCACCAUGUGCCCCUUGAUCCCGCCGCAAACCCCAGCAGCUCACAGUUUGCCGUCGAGAGCUGGCAAGGAAAGGACCACAGACAGCUUCCCAUGUCAACGAGGGAAGUCCCGACACCUGGAAACCGUCCCCUAAUCUUCGCCCAUUUGCGGGACCCAUCAAAAGCGCCCCGGCAGCUGGAUUACUUCGAUCCCCACUUUCCUCUCCGAUAUCUCGAGGUCCCAAGGAGUCAGUUUCACCCAUAUGGUCCCAGAACCCCAGGAAAAAGGCUAACAUCCCUCUCCCCUGCAGCGGAUCACAUCUACAAACGUGCCCACUAUGGCUUGCAGUCAGGUAUCCCGGACGAGGUUGACUUCGCGCUCUAUCACCUCGUUCAAAUCUCCAACCAACGUUGGGACAAGUUCAAAUUCGAAGGGUUCCCGUUACUCGCGGAAACUCUCAUGCAGAAAGCACUUGAUAUCACGGAGCUUUGCACAGGUGUCAAAUGGGAGUUCCAAUAUGAUCCCCGCCAACCAACUGACCGUGUCAACGUCUUAAACUCGCUUCACGGCACUAGGGACAUUCUUGACAAAAUCAAUAAAAUCCCCGUCAACCUCCCAGACGACAGCCUGGAAACCCACGAAUUCAAUCACCAACUUCGAAACAUCAAGGAGGCAACACUCGUGUUAAGAAACAUGGUACUUCUCAAAGAGAAUGCUUUCUACGUGUCUCGAUACGCAAACGGUCUAUUACGGGAUUUCUUGGUCAUCCUCAUCAACGCGCCAAACCAGCCCCGACUCAACGAAAUCAGAAAUGAUGCUCUGGAUAUUGCCGAAGAAGUGACCAAAUUCCUGCGAACUGACCCCAACGACCCACUGUGGAUUUCCCUGGUUAAGUGUCUGGACUCCUCAGACCGUGCGCAUGUUGUGCGGGCUCUGUGGGCCUUGACACACUUCGGCACUGAGCUAGAUGAUGCAGAUGCUAAUCGGGCUUUGGAAACUCUUACCAAACCUACUCUACAGCAAAUGUACUAUCACACACUGCUUGACCUCGACAAGGACAUCUUGAGCGGUGCACUGGACUUCUGGUACCAGUACACUCUUAGCCAUGACAAUAUCGAGACUUUGAUGGACGUUGUCAACUUCCCAAUAGUUUUCGUUCCACGCAUGGUUGCUCUCCUGACCUAUGAGGCACGACCCACCAAGCAUGAAACUGUUCUUCAGGAAGAGAAGGUUGCUCCUCCGCCCACCGAGAUCCCGCGUGUGCCUGCCGAACUCUUGGCAAAGCUCAUGGAGUUGUCGGAACCGGAGCGGAGUUCCCAAUGGCUGCGAUGCUGCUUCAUAGAAGAUUCAGAAUGCGAGAUCACGCAAAUCGCGCUCUGGCAAGCCUACCAAAGUCGGUUUGCAGACUCUCGCAUUGCCGGUGGAGGUGUCCUCCCCGCUGCGGAGUUCAUCAAAAACGUCAGCAACACAUUCACCAACGCACAAGCCCAAGUCAUCAAUGGGCCGGGUGCUGCCACCAAGUUCAUUAUUAAGGGUAUCCGGCCUCUGGAGACUGCUCAUACCUUUGAAGGUUUCCCUUACUCUUACUGUCGGUGGGCAGAUCACUCAAAGCCUUCUAAAAUGUGUCAACGUGCAUUCACAUCGCCCACUGACCUUCGCAACCACGUCUUCGGUGAACAUAUGAGUUUGGAGCCUACAGACUCCCCUGACUCCCCUGGUCAAUACAACCUCGACACGGCCGAGACACCCAUUCACACUUGUCAGUGGGAUCAUUGCGCACGGUUCCGCGCCUCAGGCCCCAGUGCCAAUACAUCGAUGGUUGCUGGGCAUGUCUCUUCACAUCUACCCGAAGACCGCCAUGCGGACGCACAACCCACAACCGCCAAGCGGGCAAUUCUCCAGGAACGAAUCGUCCGCAAGUGGUAUUACAUGGACACUCCAACCAACGAGAAAGGUGAGCCGUUUGGCGUGGCCUAUAAAGCCGCAUUAGUUCUGCGCAACAUCGCUCGUGGCCUUCCGAAUCGGACUACAUCCAAAUACGGUGGACUUCCCUGGAAGAAGGCUUGUUUCACCAGCCAACGUCCCAAGGUGGUUGAGCUUUGGGACCGCAACCGCGCUCUGCGCAAGGAGUUGACUGAGUUGAUCAUGGUUAUUGAGAAAGAAGUCGACUACUGA